GGGCCGAAAAAUCCCACGUUCUGGAGACACUGCUGGUGAUUGUUGUGUGAAUCAGUUAUAUAUUAUUUAUAAAUAAAAGGAAAGUUUGUAAAUAAAUAGUGAAAAAAAUAGUUCAAAUAAAAAUGGAGCAUCCUCGUAAAAAUUCGUCAGAAAGAAUCAAACCAAUGAAGCACAAAAUGACGAAAUCACAGAUGCAACUGGCUAUUCUUAAAAAGAAAGAAUGUGACGCGAAAGCACACUCAAUAGUAGAAAAGUUGCUGGAACCAGAUGUGGAUCCUCAGUGGCUGCUCGAAAGUUUGGAAUAUAUAAAUAAAUGUCACAUGGAGGACGUUAUCGAAGAAAGGUCGAUAGAAAAAUUAUGCGGUUAUGCUUUAUGCAAUAAACCGCUGACAACGGUAGUAACUCAGCGUUAUCAUAUAUCGACGAAGAGGAAUAAGGUUUACGAUGUCAGUCGACGAAAAUGUUUUUGCAGUUCUUUCUGUUAUGGUGCAACAAACUACUUGUUAGAUCAAAUGCACGUGAGUCCUCUUUGGCUAAGAGAAGAAGACCAAGUUACCGAAUUCCAUUUUUUGCCCGAUACCCAUAAAACAGUAGCAAACAUUCCAGGAGAAGAAGUAAUAGUUAGUGGCGACGAUUCGAUUACAAAGGCCGAUAUAGAGACUGACGAUCCCGAAAGUUCAGAAGUAAAAGAACCUCUAAAAAAUGAUAAUUUAAGUAAACCAGAACUUAAUGAAGAAAAAACUAUUGAGGAAAAGAAUUUAGAGAGUGAAAAGGGCACAGAAAAACCACGAAAAUUGCUAGAAGAAAGUGAAUCGCAUCCCAUUGCAAAUCCAGAUGAAAAUGUUAUCCAAGUUAAAAAUUCGGACAAUACCAAAAAAAUUAUUUUGGAAAUCGCAGAAACUAGAAAGUCUAAAAAGAAAUGUGUUACUUUUCAACUUCCAGAUGACAAAGAAAGUUCGUCAACUAGUUAUCAGAGUCCUGAAAAAACAGAAGAAGUUUCAAAAACACUCACCACAAGUGAUUAUUUAAUGAAAGAUAUAACUCAAAAAGAGGAUUUGGAUUCGUCAAUCGUCCCAGUGUCACAAAAUCCUCGAAGAGAGUCAAUAUUCCAGAGAGAAAGAAAAAGUGCAAAGAAAACCUCCAGGGGUUCUAAAAACACAUUAGUAACCCUUGGUACUUUAGUCAAACGGAUUGAAGAAAUCUUUAAAGAAUGGAUUACAGAAGAGACUCUUCGUUUACUUCUUGGAGAAGAAACGACAAAGCAGCAAGUUUUUGAAAAUGUAACUAAACAGGAAAAGUAUGCAGCCCUCUGUAAAAAAUUGAAUCAACUUCAGUUGGAAGACGAAAGGGAGGAGCGUGCGAAAUUAGAAAAAACGGUUUCGAAAGCUGUUCCGCAUUAUUCAUUUUUACAAGAAGACGGGAAGAAGUUACAGCUUAAGGUACGAGCAUUUUACGAAGGGCGUACGGUAAUUGAAAUUCCUGACGAAUCUGAUAAAAAUGAAGACGCCGAAAAGGUGGAAGACUCGAGUCCAGUUUUUCCUUUGACUGAGUCUCGUGCCCCAAAAGCUAUUCGACGUCGCAUUUUUCUGGAAAAAAUUAACAACAUAUUGCCAGAUCUCCUACGAGCUUUGUCCGGAAAUGGCCAAGUUCUCCCAGAACGAUUUGCUUACAGCAGGGAAAGAGUCACUGCCGUUAAAGCUUUGGUCAGCACUUUCGCUCUGAAUGCAAAUAAUAUUGUUUUCAAAUCUGCCGAAUGGACUCUCGUAGGCCUCAUCAUUAUCAAAAUGAUGAGUGCAAUGGACCCGGGACUAAAGUACUUAUUUGCCACAAAGCAAGCUUCGUUGUACACUUCGAUGAUUCUAAUGUCCUAUCAACUGGAUUCAAAUUAUCUAGACACAUUUAUAAAUAGUCUGACGAAUGAAAUGCCAUGCAGGCUCGAUGAAUCAACAACCUAGGAUAUAGUGAUGUUUUGACUUCUUCAUUCAGGGGAUUUUUCAAAUAUUACAUACUUUAAUUCGAAAUCUCGUCGAUUACGAAAGUAACAUCAAAAUAUUAAGUCGUGAAUUUAAAAUACAAUAAACUCUAAAAUCCUGAUCUAGGAGUUGACAUCCCAGGAAUUGGUGAACCCGGACAAUCCAUGGUGAGAGUGUCCAUUUGACUCGGAGCUGG